UUGAGACCUCAACACAACACACCCACAAACAUCAUUACCUCUCAUAUCUCUUCUCCCACGUUGUCAUCUAACAUGAAAACCCUCAUAGCACUCUUAUUCGCACUUUCCCUCUACCUCCUUCCCCACCCAACUCGCGCCACGCUCAACCCCAUCCACCGCCUUCGCACCGCCGAUGUACCAAUAGCGUCGUCCGGCGCUCCAGUGGUUGACUCCGACGGUGACGCGCUCCAGGUCGGCGGGGUUUACAACAUAACCUCCAUCACAUGGGGCGCCGGUGCCGGAGAAGUGAAACUCGAGUGGAGAAGUGAAACCAAGUGCCCCAGCGACGUGAUCUCGUGGCUCUACGCCGACCCCGUGGUGAUCACGCCGGCGGACCCCAAAGCCACCGAUGUCAUCGAGUCCACUUUCUUGAGCUUCAAAUUCAACGUCGUCACCAACUUUCUCUGCUCAGGUAACUUGUACUGGGGGGUCCAACACGACAGUGGUACCGGGCAAGAUUUCGUGCGGUCCGACGAGUUUGUCGAGAACCAAAGCGACCGGUUCAAGAUUGAGCGGCUCGAAGCCAUCAUCCCCACUUAUAUAAUCACUUAUUGUCCCUCCGGCACCGACAAAUGCUACUACGUUGGCAGAGAAUAUGACCAGUCCAUUAAGUCUACGCGUUUGGCUCUGAGUGAUUUCCCCUUCGUGCUUUUAUUUAAGAAAACUUCUCUAGCAUCGGCAAAAUAAUGUACGUAGUUAUUACACGCUGCCAUGCCGGCUAGCUAGCUAUGCUAUAAGUAACGUUGCAACUUUUGACAACGUUGUACCCGUCUAAGAAUAAACACGCAACAAAGCCUGGUCUUGCUUGUUGCGUUGUGUUGUGUAAAUCAUAAAGGUCCUGUUUGGUAACACAGUUAGUUUAUAAAUCAAUUUUAAUUUAUUUGCA